AGUGACAGUUUUUUUAGUUUAUUUUUCGAUUUUGUUUACAGUUUGUGUUAGUCUUAACUUAAGCUGUACUGUUUUUAGUUUCUUAUUUGAUAUUGUUCAUAGCUAAGUUGCAAAAUAGCACACUACUGGUUUCAUAAGCUAAAUAACCAAAAAUUGAAGGAAAUGAGGGAAAUUGAUGGUUAGAAAUCUGCGGCGAGGUUAAACAUUGGGAUUUUUUUUUUCGUCUCUAGAUUUUAAUCUCCAAUCAUGGAAGUUGGCAAUUCACCUACUUCUUCUGAGUUCUUUGCACAUAUCUUGCAAACAAGUGUUAGAAUCAAAGACCCAUUUGCCGGAAGGUCUGUCCACUGUCAAAUAAUUAAGAAAGGCCUUCAUCUUGGUGUGUACUUGAUGAACAAUCUUAUGACUUUCUAUGCUAAAACUGGGUCACUUAGGUUUGCUCACCAUGUGUUCGAUGAAAUGCCCCUGAAGUCAACAUUCUCAUGGAACACUCUGAUAUCUGGCUAUGCCAAACAGGGUAAUUUUGAGGUCUCACGUCGCCUUUUGUAUGAAAUGCCUGACUGUGAUCCUGUUUCUUGGACUGCCAUCAUUGUGGGUUACAAUCAAUUUGGUUUAUUUGAUAAUGCGAUUUGGAUGUUUGCGAAGAUGAUAUCUGAGAGAGUCCCACCUUCUCAAUUCACAGUCAGUAAUGUUCUUUCUUCAUGCGCGGCAAAUCAAACUUUGGACAUUGGUAGGAAGAUUCAUUCAUUUGUUGUUAAACUUGGACUUGGUAGUUGUGUUCCUGUUGCAACUUCCCUGCUGAAUAUGUACGCAAAAUGUGGAGAUCCAGUCAUAGCGAAAGUUGUUUUUGAUAGGAUGACGGUGAAGAACAUUUCAACUUGGAAUGCUUUGAUUUCAUUGUAUAUGCAAUCUGGGCAGUUUGAGCUUGCUGCUUCACAAUUUGAGAAAAUGCCUGACCGAGAUAUAGUUUCUUGGAAUUCGAUGAUUUCGGGAUAUAGUCAGCAAGGGUAUAAUCUUGAAGCACUGGUUAUAUUCUCAAAGAUGUUGAAUGAACCUUCUUUAAAGCCAGAUAACUUCACCUUGGCAAGCAUUUUAUCAGCUUGUGCCAAUCUUGAGAAGCUGAAUAUUGGGAAACAGAUACAUGCUUAUAUUCUAAGAGCAGAAACUGAAACUUCUGGAGCAGUUGGCAAUGCUUUGAUAUCAAUGUAUGCAAAGUCAGGUGGUGUAGAAAUAGCUAGACUGAUAGUUGAGCAUAACAGAACUUCAAAUCUAAACAUUAUAGCGUUCACUUCCCUACUGGAUGGAUAUACCAAGCUAGGAAAUGUCAAACCAGCCAGAGAGAUAUUUAACAAAUUAAGAGAUCGUGAUGUGGUAGCAUGGACAGCCAUGAUUGUUGGUUAUGUGCAAAACGGGUUAUGGAAUGAUGCACUGGAGCUGUUUAGGUUGAUGGUUAAUGAAGGCCCUGAGCCGAAUAGUUAUACCCUGGCGGCCAUGCUUAGUGUAAGUUCAAGUUUGACUAUUUUGGAGCAUGGGAAACAAAUCCAUGCCAGUGCCAUAAAAGCUGGAGAAUCCUCGACACCUUCUGUUACUAAUGCCUUGAUAGCCAUGUAUGCUAAAACGGGAAACAUCAAUGUAGCCAAAAGAGUUUUUGAUCUUCCAAAUGGGAAGAAGGAAAUUGUGUCCUGGACAUCAAUGAUCAUGGCUCUCGCACAGCAUGGCCUUGGAAAAGAAGCCAUCAACCUGUUUGAGAGGAUGCUCUCAGUUGGUAUGAAACCUGAUCAUAUCACUUAUGUAGGAGUGCUCUCUGCUUGUACACAUGUGGGAUUAGUGGAGCAAGGUCGAAAGUACUAUAAUAUGAUGACUGAAGUUCAUGAAAUUGAACCCACUCUAAGCCAUUAUGCAUGCAUGAUCGACCUUUAUGGACGGGCUGGAUUGCUUCAAGAAGCAUACCUGUUCAUUGAAAGCAUGCCUAUAGAACCAGAUAAUAUAGCUUGGGGUUCGCUACUAGCAUCUUGUAAAAUUCAUAAAAAUGCAGAUCUGGCAAAAGUUGCAGCAGAAAGACUGCUUCUUAUUGAUCCUGGAAAUAGUGGCGCCUACUUGGCACUUGCUAAUGUGUAUUCGGCUUGCGGAAAAUGGGAAAAUGCUGCCCAAACUAGAAAACUAAUGAAGGAUAGAGGAGUGAGGAAAGAGAAGGGAAUUAGUUGGAUUCAUAUUAAGAAUGAAGUUCAUGCAUUUGGAGUUGAAGACGUUAUUCAUCCACAGAAAGAUGAAAUCUACAAGUUGAUGGCUGAGAUAUGGGAGGAGAUAAAAAAGAUGGGUUUCAUCCCAGACACUGAAUCAGUACUUCAUGACCUUGAAGAAGAGGUGAAAGAGCAAAUACUUAAAUAUCACAGUGAAAAACUUGCUAUAGCGUUUGGGCUUUUAAAUACUCCAGAGAACACUGCUCUGAGGAUUAUGAAAAACCUUAGAGUUUGUAAUGACUGCCAUUCUGCUAUAAAGUUCAUCUCCAAGCUUGUAGGAAGGGAAAUCAUUGUGAGAGAUGCUACUCGGUUCCACCAUUUUAAGGAUGGCUCUUGCUCUUGUCGAGACUAUUGGUAGGUGUAAGUUUUUAGAGAUUUUAUCCACAAAAGAAUUCUACUUGAUACGAAAAAAGCACUCUCCAAGACCAAGUGUCAGAAAGCCAGGACUUGCAUAACAGAGUUAUAAAGUACGAGUCCCCAUCUUAUCCCAGACAAUGUGUUCUUGACCUCAACUGGUUGUAGGGCGCCAAACUUCCAAUUUCAUUUUGAAGAGAAUGCAAACCUACAACAAGCCUAUUUGUGAUAUAUGCAUCUUAGAGAAGAUUUGGAAGAUGCAAGGCUUGAUGUGGCUAAUUUACUGGGAGCACUCAGAAUGAACGAGUAUUAAAGGUGCAUGUUUAAAGGAAUCUCUCUAUAAUUUUAAUAAAAGUGAACAGAUCAGGACUCUGACAAGCUUGAGAUGAAUUUAAAAGGUUGAACUAGUCUGUUCGAAAGUUUAAGAAACUGACUCUUGGUUCUGCUAGCAUCUCAAUCACCUCUAAGCCAGUCUCAUGGCCAAACAAGGUGUAUACGCUUGUAGUCCUCACCGAAUAGAAUUUCCACCAUCAAUCAAGCUCAACGUUUCCAACUACAUUCAGUGGAAAAAAUAAGUUGGCCAAACAAGAUCGCUUUUUGUCAUACAUGUGCUCAGACUUAUGCCAACGAGAGGGUCGUCUUGCUUAUUAUUAAUGUCUCCAAGUGGAUUCCCAUUGGGUUGGUCAUUGUGCAUAGUGAGAAUGGCUUGUGCCUGUUUGGUUUCCAUGUUUGAAGUGGCUUGUGCUAAUUGUUCAAGAGGAGAAACAGAACAUUUUCUUUGAAUCCUUUAAAGUGGGAUGUUCAUCAAUUAGUUUUUGAAUUAUGUUUUUUCAUUGCUUUUAUGCUGUCUUAAUUCAGUAAGCUAUGAUUCCAUGAUUGGUUAAAUUUGAGUAGUUUGGAAGUUAUUUUCUUAGAUUCACACUCAUUCGUAUGCCUUGAUAUUAGAUAUAGGCUAUACCUUUAUUGGACUAACUCCUGUAAUUGCGAACAGAGCUCAUACUCAACCAUCAAUAGAUAAGAGCAUAUGUCUAUGAUAA